AGUGCACAUCUCCCGUGGGCUGCACCCGGAGCGUGCCCUCAGCGGGAGACUGUGCGGGCUCCCAUGUUGGGCUGUGGGAUGGAUCUGGUGCCCUCCGGUGUCUGAGCGCACUGCCUGCCACAAAAGGCUCCUUAUCAAAGUUAACAGGGACGAUCUAUUCACAGAGGAGUUUUUCCUGGAGCGAUUUUUUGAAGAAAAUGCAAAAUCCCCUGCAGAGCAAAAAGGUUUGUCGGAUUCAGGCGAGGACCCCCAGGGAGAGGUUGAGCCCCCCCACCAUGGUCUGGGUCCCACAGAACCAGCUGGUGAGCGUGACUCUGAGCAUCCUGCUCCUGCUGUUGCCUCAGUCAGUGCUACCCUGAGUCCCGCUUCUGAAGCCCAGCUUGCUCCUAUUCAACAAGAACUGGCAGGGAGGUCAGCAGAUGGAUCAAGUCCAGAAGAUGGAGAUGAAUCUGAUCGAGAGGAUGGGAGCUACUGUCCACCUGUAAAGCGCGAGAGGACUUCAUCCUUAACUCAGUUCCCUCCUUCUCAGUCAGAAGAAAAGAGCAGUGGAUUCCGGCUGAAGCCACCAAUACUUAUCCAUGGUCAGGCACCUAGUGCAGGUCUCCCUAGCCAGAAACCGAAGGAACAGCAGCGAAGUGUGCUACGUCCAGCAGUAUUACAGGCACCACAGCCAAAAGCUUUCUCACAGAUGGUUCUCAGCUGUGGCACCAAUGGUGUGAAUAUCCCACCAGAUUCUGCAGCCGCAUCAGAAUCACUAAGUAAUGCAAUACUGAAAAGUUCUGACUCUGAAGACAAGGCAGGAGAAUGUCAGAAAAAAGAGUCCAACAAUACUUCAGAUGAUGACAGCUGUGAGAAGGCAGAACUAAAUGCACACCAAGCAUUUGUAUUUGGGCAAAACUUAAGAGAUAGAGUUAAGCUAGGCAAUGAAAGCGAUGAAAGUGCUGAUGGGCAGAAUGCUGGCCUUCCUACAUCAGACGUACCUUCUGCAACAAAUUAUUUUCUGCAGUACAUCAGUUCCAGUGCAGAGAACUCUACAAACAGUGCGGAUGCAUCUAGCAACAAGUUUGUUUUUGGGCAGAACAUGAGUGAGCGAGUCCUAAGUCCACCAAAAUCAAGUGAAGGCAGCACAGAGACUAAGGAGAAUGCUGCUACAGAGUCUGGGUCUGAAUCAUCUUCUCAGGAAGCCACACCAGAAAAAGCUAAUAAUGUUUCAGAAUCGCUGGCAGAGUCUGCAGCAGCCUAUACUAAAGCGACAGCAAGGAAGUGUUUGUUAGCGAAGGUAGAAGUGAUUACCGGGGAGGAAGCUGAAAGUAAUGUGUUACAGAUUCAGUGCAAGCUGUUUGUAUUUGAUAAAAACUCUCAGUCUUGGGUGGAAAGAGGUCGAGGACUUCUGAGACUCAAUGAUAUGGCCUCAACAGAUGAUGGAACUUUACAGUCUCGGCUGGUGAUGAGGACUCAGGGGAGCCUCCGGUUAAUCUUGAAUACCAAGCUCUGGGCUCAGAUGCAGAUUGAUAAAGCCAGUGAGAAGAGUAUCCGGAUCACCGCCAUGGAUACAGAGGACCAGGGAGUUAAAGUUUUUCUUAUAUCAGCAAGUUCUAAAGAUACAGGGCAGUUGUAUGCUGCAUUGCACCAUCGGAUCUUGGCCUUGCGGAGUAGAGUGGAACAAGAGCAAGAAGUCAAGAAUGUAGCGCCUGAGCCAGAGGUAACGCAAUCAAAUGAGGAAGACAGUGAUGAUGAUGUCAUUGCACCUUCAGGAUCAGUUGGAAGUG